AUGGCACGACAAUUGACAAAAGAACAAGCGUCUUUAGCUUUCGGCUACGUUUCCGUAAAGGCUCAUAAACGACAUCGCAUAAACCCUUCAACAAUAAGACCUAAUAUGCAUCCACCUUCGGAUAGUUCGGACCCACUUUUAAGUGAGCUUCAUGAAUUCAAUAAUCAAUUGCAGAACAUGUCAAGUCAUCUCACUCUUGGAGAAACAGCAUCCGUAAUAACCACGGUAACUGAUACUUCCCCAGAAGUAAUGGAAUUAGAUGGAAAUGGAAAAGCUGAUGAUGACAACAUGUCUUGGACGCAUUCACAUACCCAUCACGGUGAUGACCAAUCAUGUUUUCAUGGAACGGUCGGGACACCUGAUGAUUUAAGAGAAGCGCAUGGUGGUCUAAGCGAAAUUAUGUUCAGCGAAUUACCAAAUUUGAAAAAUAUUGGGCUCUGUUCUCUUGGGUUGGUCAAACUGUCUCCAAAUAUCUGCUUUCUAUAUAUUACAAAUUGUCUGCAAAUAUGUUGUAAUGAAUUGACGGAAAUACCGGCAGAAAUUGGAUAUAUGAAAAAUCUGACAAAACUCGACUUGUCCAAGAAUAAAUUGAAAUACAUUCCUGACACGAUUGGAUUUUUACAUAAGCUAGUUGAACUUCGAUUAUCAGAAAAUCAAUUAACUUACAUACCAUCGUCUAUUGGUUCCCUCAAAAAACUUGGUACUUUAUUGCUUGAAAAUAAUAAGCUUACCGAGUUACCACCUGAAAUUGGAGAAAUCAAGACGCUUGUGAAUUUGGAUGUUCGUGAGAAUCCAAUUACGGUUUUACCCGCCGAACUUGGAAGGUUACAGUAUUUACGUAAACUUCGUACCGAGGAAUGUCCAUUAAAAUCAGAAUUUGUGCAUGACAUUACUCAUUCUCCACCCACGCUUAUGGAACUCGCCGCACGUACGAUCGUUCGAAAACAGAUUCCAAUUCUUGAGGAUACAACAGAGCAUUUGAAAGAUUAUCUUGCUAGCGCCAAAAAAUGUAGCUUUUGUGGCGGUCCAUACUUUGAAAGCUUUGUGAAAAGAGGAAAGAUCAUUGAUAAGAAUGAGCAUCAUAUCCCUCUCGAGUAUAGAUUGUGUAGCCCACAUUGGAAUACCGAGCAAGAACGAGUUAGUUUAUUGUUUUGCGCGUUACCGGAUACGGCACCUAGUUCCGAGCCAUAUAAGCAUCCAAAUCUUAGCGACCCAACUGUAACAUCUGACUGUAAUGCGUCCGUUGUGAGUGUCUCGACUUCAUUCGACCCACGACAAAAACUUCAACGUUCCUCUUCACGACGUUCCAUGACCAUCCCUCUUAGCUCCCUUACUAGAUCCCCCUCUUUACCAAGUCUACCGAGGUCAGCUUCUCCAAGGCCUUCAAGUCAAUUAGGAGAUGACGUAAGUGUGAAAAAGAGUAACAGUACACGCGGAAAAAAUGGCGUGUUCCUGUUGCGAUCAAGGAAAAAUAGUUCAGCGUCCACAAUUUUGGGAAAACCUCCUUUUAGCAAUUCAGCUUCGCGUUUUGGUUCGAGAAGGCGCAUAUAG